CUGAAGCAGCUCAUAUUUGCCUACUGUGCUAAAAAGCUCUGUAAAGCUGGAUACAGUCCACUGAUGAUAAUUACACAGAAGAUCACAACACUUGCAUGCCAGUUACAUGAUGGAAUAGGGCGACAAGCUGAGGAACUUACGGCUGAACAAAAUCGGCUUGCUGUAAAGACAAGACCUUCUUUACUGGAGUAUUUAAGCUAUCUCCUCAAUUUUAUGAGCAUCAUAGCUGGGCCUUGCAGCAACUACAAGGAUUAUAUAGCCUUCAUUGAAGGGAGGCAUGUGCACAUGAAACUGUUAGAAGUGAACUGGAAGCAGAAGGGUUAUGACAGACUUCCUGAUCCUUCUCCAACUGGAGCAGUGAUGUACAAGCUGUGUAUCACACUAGUAUCUCUCAUUUUUUUCUUGACGCUUACCAAGAAUUUUCCUAUGGCAUACAUUAUUGAUAAUGAAUUUCUUUAUAAAACACCCUUCUUAUCAAGACUUGGUUACCUGUAUGUUGUAACACAGGCAGCAAAACCAAAGUAUUACUUUGCAUGGACGUUAGGUAAGUCUGUCUACAUUAUUUAUUCUUGUGGGUAACAAGUUCAUAAGUGAGGGACAGGGUCUGAAACAUUGGGGGGAGGGGGAAGAACAUAAAUUAGUCCCUAGACCUGUAGUUCACAGGGGAGAUGUACAUGUGUUCCUGUAGGUAGUGGACCCCACUGAAGUGGGGA